CUGCUUCCUCCUUUUCUCCUCACAGUCCUCCCCACACAGAGUUACUCCACCCUAGUGGGACUCUAGUGUGACAUCCUCGCCUGCACGAAGGAGGAAUGAUCAGCAGGGACAACAGCUGCAAACAAGUGACACCCAGAAGGCAGGAGCUUCUGUAAGUGCUUGGACUGUGCAAGACCCAAGCCAUGGCAUUGUCGCUGGAAGAGUUCGUUCACUCCCUUGACCUCAGGACGCUUCCUAGGGUCCUAGAAGUCCAGUCAGGCAUCUAUUUUGAAGGUUCCAUUUAUGAAAUGUUUGGAAAUGAAUGCUGCUUGUCAACAGGAGAAGUGAUUAAAGUUACUGGUCUCAAAAUUAAGAAGAUCAUAGCUGAAAUUUCUGAGCACGUUGAGGGUUGUGAGUCUCUACAACCAUUUGAGCUGCCUAUGAAUUUUCCAGGUCUUUUUAAGAUUGUGGCUGAUAAAACUCCAUACCUUACUAUGGAAGAAAUAACAAGGACCAUUCACAUUGGAUCAAGUAGACUAGGGCAUCCUUGCUUCUAUCAUCAGAAGGAUCUAAAGCUAGACAAUCUCAUUGUAAAACAUGGUGAGCAAAUCAUGCUCAGCUCAGUUGAAGAGAUCAGUGGAGAAAUAAUGGUGAACUGUGGAGUGGUAAGGAAUCAGCAGAAUCACUCAUUUACUUUGCCUUUGUCACAAGAAGGAGAAUUCUAUGAGUGUGAAGAUGAACAUAUUUAUACCCUAAAGGAGAUUGUUGAAUGGAAGAUCCCAAAGAACAGAACACGAACUGUGAAGCUUACUGGUUUUUCAAAUAAGUGGGACUUAACAAAUCCAUUCCCUAAAGGCUUUUAUGGUGCUCUGGUUCUCAAACCUGUUUAUGAGAUUCAAGGUGUGAUGAAAUUCCGAAAGGAUAUAGUUCGCAUCCUCCCCAGUUUAGAUGUUGAAGUCAAAGACAUCACUGACAGUUAUGAUGCCAACUGGUUUCUUCAGCUGUUAUCUACACAAGAUCUCUUUGAAAUGACCAGUAAAGAGUUCCCCAUAGUGGCUGAAGUCAUAGAGGCACCUCAGGGAAACGAGCUGCCCAGAAGCACUUUACAGCCUGGGAAAACCAUUGUGAUCCAUAAAAAGUACCAGGCAUCGAGAAUCUUAGCUUCAGAAAUUCGAAGCAAUUUUCCUAAAAGGCACUUCUUGAUCCCCACUAGUUAUAAAGGUAAAUUCAAGCGGCGGCCUCGGGAGUUCCCAACUGCCUAUGACCUUGAGAUAGCAAAGAGUGAAAAGGAGCCUCUCCACGUGGUGGCCACCAAGGCCUUUCAUCCUCCUCAUGAUGAGCUAUCAUCCGUAUCUGUCGGGGACCAGUUUCUAGUGCAUCACUCACAGACGACUGAAGUCCUUUGUGAGGGAAUCAAAAAAGUGGUGAAUGUUCUGGCCUGUGAAAAAAUCCUCAAAAAAUCCUAUGAGGCAACACUGCUCCCUUUGUACAUGGAAGGAGGUUUCGUAGAGGUGAUUCACGAUAAGAAACAGUACCAGAUUUCUGAGCUCUGUGCACAGUUCCACUUGCCCUUCAACGUGAAGGUAUCUGUGAGAGAUCUUUCCAUUGAAGAAGACAUUUUGGCUGCUACACCAGGACUGCGGCUGGAGGAAGCUAUCACAGACUCUUAUCUACUCAUAAGUGACUUUGCCAGCCCCAAGGAGUGCUGGGAAAUUCCUGUCAGCCGCUUAAAUAUGACUGUCCAGCUAGUUAAUAGUUUUUCUGGGGACACAGGAUCAGUUCUAGUCAGGAGUCUGGUUGAAGAGAUCACCGAAGAACAGUAUUACAUGAUGCGAAGAUAUGAAGGCUCUUUUUCCCACCCCCCACCUCGCCCUCCCAAACAUCCCUCAGUGGAGGAAACAAAGCUUACCCCGUUCACCUUAGCAGAAAACAGGGCUGUGGGUCUGCUUAAGUCUCCCAAGCUCCAUAGAUGCAAAGCCUUAAUUGCAUGCCAUUUGCUAUGAUAAGCACUGGAGACACAUUAAGAGAAUGAAGCAUAGUAUCUAAACUCAGGAGACUUUCUGUCUAAUGGAUUAGACACAGGAAGAUAAUUUCAGUAUGAAAACUGGAAGACAAGAAUGCUCUUAUUUGGAGAGAGCAUGGAUUUGGGGGACAGUUUAUUAUGAUGUAUCAAAAAUUGGGAUUGAGCUCAGAAAAAGAUAUUUAGAUGUCCGGUUGAAGUAAGUGAGUUUAGGCAAGUAGAAUCAAUUAGAUGUAUAGCAAUGGUUACUGUGAUCCAGCC